CUGCUGUGUCUUUAUUGCUCAGCAUGUGUCUUAGUUCCAUUGGGCUGCUAUAAAAAAAAAAUACCAGACACUGGGUAGCUUAUAAACAACAAGUUUAUUUCUCACAGUUCUGGAGUCUGGAAGGCCAAGAACAGGGUGCCAGCAUAGUUGAGUGAGGGCCUCUUUCAAGUCAAAGACUUCCUGUAUUCUCGUGUGUUGGAAGGAGCUAGGGAGCUCUGUCUGGUCUCUUUUACAAGGCCACUAAACAAAUUCAUGACCAAAGGCUCAACCUCUUAAUACCAUGGCAUUGGGCAUUGGGAUUGCAACACAUGAACUUUGUUUGAGACACAAACACUCAGAUCAUAGCAGCGUGUAUGGUUAUUGACGCUAUUGAAUGAAUGAGUCUGUAAGUGAUUUGUAAUAUAUCACAGGGCUAAAGUCAAGUGAGUGAGGAUGUUGGCUGUGGCCAGUAAAUGUCUUUAUUUUCCAAUGAAGUAAAAAGGCUUUGUAAGUACUUACAGGACUGGGACCAAGUUCUGUUCUGGCACAGCACCUCUCACACUCAGUAUAUCAGAUAUGUAUCCAUUGUACUUAAGAUUGUGGAAUAUUCACAUAAUCUGAAUUGUUUUAAUUUAACAUUUACUCAUCAAUAAGUAUUUCUUGAGCACUGUGCUGGGCCUUAGGAAUGCAAAACAGAAAACUUAUUUCCUGAAGCCAAGAUAAUUUUCAUUGGUCUUUCUUUGUUUUAUCUCCAGAUUUAUACCAAAUUCAUGUUGUUUACCUUUCAAAAACCCAGGACUCUCAACAAGGAAUAAGAACCUCUUUUUUUCCUCAGCUACUAUACGGAGAGAAGCUGGAUUACCUGGUUUUUGAUUAUCUCUCGGAGAUAACUAUGUGCCUGCUAACUGCUGCAAAAAUAAAGUCAUCUGAUUUGGGCUAUGUUCCUGAUUUUGUACAGACCGCCAUGGCUCCAUAUAUAAAGGAUAUUUACAAGAAAGGCGUGCGUGUGAUCAGCAAUGCUGGGGGGACCAACCCCCUCAUGUGUGCUGCUGCCCUGGACAAGAUGGCCAGGAAGGCUGGCGUUGACUUGAAAAUAGCAGUGGUCACUGGAGAUGACAUCCUGGGAGAGAAGGAGACUCUGCAAGGAUCUGCUAUCACAGAUAUGGAGAGUGGGAAGAAAUUUCCAGACACCAUUGAGAGCAUGAACGUGUACCUUGGAGCAAGACCCAUAAGCAGGGCCCUGGACCUCGGUGCUGACAUCGUUGUGACAGGUCGCUGCGUGGACAGUGCUGUCGUGUUGGGACCCCUCAUUCAUGCUUUUGGCUGGAAAAACAAUGACUUUGAUUUAUUAGCUGCUGGAAGCCUUGCAGGCCAUCUCAUUGAAUGUGGUGCUCAGAGUACUGGUGGAAUAUUCACAGAUUGGCAUUUGGUGCCAGACUGGCACAAUAUCGGAUUUCCCGUACUGGAAUGCUUUCCUGAUGGACGGUUCAUCCUCUCCAAGCCCCCUGGCACAGGGGGGUUGGUCUCCUUUGGUACAGUGGCUGAGCAGCUGCUCUAUGAAAUUGGCGAUCCUCGGCGUUUUCUCUUACCUGAUGUGACUUGUGACUUUUCUCAAGUCUCUAUUACUGAAAUUCCAGGUAUUGAAGGUGGAGCAGUGUGGGUUCAAGGAGCAAAGGGGUCACCUCCUUCUUCCUUUUAUAAGGUGAGUGCUUGUUACCACGACGGUUUCAGAGCAACUGCUGUCUGCCCAAUGGGAGGGCCAAAAGCAACUGAAAAGGGAAGGAGAACAGCUGAAAGUAUUUUGAAAAGAACUCGUCUUAUGUUUGAAAAAGCUGGCUUAGAAGAUUAUAGUGAAGUUCAUGUACAAAUUUUAGGAUCUGAAGAAACAUAUGGAGUACAAGCUAAAGCACAUUUAAAUGGAGGUCCUCGUGAAGGAGUUCUUUGGCUUUCAGUACAUCAUAAAGAGAGGAGGGCAGUGGAAAUUUUUUCAAGAGAAAUUGCACCAGCAGGGACUGGAAUGGCACCCGGUCUGAUGGCAGUGGUUGGAGGUCGUCCAAAAGUAUCUCCUGUUCUAAAACCGUUUUUCUUCCUGUAUCCCAAAAACAAGGUUAAGGUUGAUAUCCACCUGAUUAAUGGAGAACAUAUUGAAACCUUCCACGAAGAUCUCACUUUUACACUGGACACAUCGGCUUCACCAAAUUUACCCAAGAUAGAUGAUGACCUAAAAGAUCUACCAAGUGGCUCACUGACAUAUCGCUUAGAAGAUCUGGCCUAUACAAGAAGUGGGGACAAAGGCAACUCUGCAAAUAUAGGCAUCAUAGCACGGCACCCACUCUACUACCCCUACUUAAAAAAAUUUCUUACUGCACAAGCCGUAGAAGAUUAUUUCCAACAUAUUCUGCAUAAAGAACAACCUGAAGAAAAUUCAGUGAUAAGAUAUGAAUUGCCAGGAAUAUAUGCAUUAAACUUUGUUUUGAAAAAUUCCCUCGGUGGUGGAGGCACUGCCUCCCUGAGAAGCGACCCACAGGGCAAAGCGCUUGGACAAAUGGUUCUGGACUUCCAGAUAAAAGAUGUUCCUGAUUUAAAGUCAUUAGUAGGUGGCUAAAAGAGCUUUAGCUUUGGGAAAUGUAUUCUUAGUACAAAUGCAAAAUUGAAUAGAAAGUAAAAUGUAGAAAAUACGCAUUAAAGUAACACUAGCUUGGUA